UUAAGUCUGCGGAUAACUCCACGCACCGGUUUUAAGUGAAAAUUAAAUACAUUGCUACGUGCAUCAGAAAAAUGUCAACUAUUAUUUUAUUUUUAACGACUGUCGCGUAUGUUCUGCCGUAUUUAAAUGCAGCGAAUGUUCCCGAAGAGAGCAAAAUAAUAUAUGAAGGCCCGAUCCAAGAAACUCACGAUUAUGAGGACAUCCCAGAGGCAUGUAAAGAUCUCACUUACUGCACCAUCAGACCGAAGACCUACCCACAAGACAAGUUCAACAAAAUGCUUAAGGGUUUUAAAGGAAUGGCUCAACCAUCUCUGGUGCCCAACAUUGGCAACCGUCACGGGGACCCAAGCGAGACAGGUGGUUGCGAGAGUAGAGUAACUUUCGAGCCGUUGUACACAGUACGAGACAAGCGAGAUGACAGAUGGAGGACGGUAGUGCAAGCACCGGAUCAUGACUAUGUCCAGAAGGUGCGCUUAGAAACUUGCACGGAACCUAAAGCUGAAUGUUUCAAGCCAUUCUUGCCUGUGUUUGAUUACGUCACAUUUUGCAAUCAAGAAAUAAAUACAUGGGAGGUAUUGGUGUCUAAAGGCGAUAAUGAAACCGAACUAUUCAGAGCAGAUAUUCCCGUUUGCUGUUCUUGCCAGUACAAGCAAUUAGAAUUAGGGGAUAGAUUUGGUAGAAAUAGACGCAAAUAAAAUAUAUUGAGAGAAGAUUAUGAAAAAAAUAGUAGAGAAACGUCUACAAUGCGAAAAGAGGCGCAUAAUAAUUAUGUAUUUUCUAAAGCUUGUUGGCACCUUUUCAAAGACGUUUUACAGAACUCCGGGCGAAAACGAAGGAUUAUAAUAUUUAGUAAAUAUAAUAUUAAAUAGUAAAUGGAUAUCGCUAUUUGAAUAAAUUAAUCAUAAUUUUUUUUAUGUAAUAUUAUAGUCUUCGCAUUUUCAUUACUAAGUAUUUGAUAGUGAUGAUUUGUGGAAUAAUUUGAUCUAAUAUCAAGAUUAAUAUAUGUUCUUGGAAUACUUAGCUUUCAAAUGUUCUGAGUGUUUACGACAUCAAACUACUAUACUUUACUCAAUUUUACCUCUUGCUUGCUCAGUGAGAGAGUCAAAAGGAGCAGAGCUUCAAUGUCCUGGUGGGCGUCAUAGCCCCGGUUAGCAGUAUGGUGGUAUUUUGCAGGAUAUUUUGCCUGUCUGAAGUUUUCUGGCUGACAUCUAUGGGAGAAGCGAAUUGCAAGGAAAGAAUGUGGUUACCUUUCCACAGCUGAAAAUUCUAGCUUGGAGCCAUUCCAAUUUUUUUUUUGCCUAGAGCUCCAGUUUUAUGUGGUCCUUUUUUGGUGAACGGUAAAUGAGAGUUUUGUUUAAGCCUCUGACGAUUACAAGUGUGUCGACUGUGUACUUCAGUGCAUCCAUUCUAAGGUCUUCCCGCUUCUGGAUUCCCAGCGUUUUGGUCUUUAGUGAAUUGCGACAGUUUUGGUUCAAACUUUUCAAAGCUAGAUCCUAUACGUAUUAUUUUCUAAUUAUUAAAAUAAUUGCAUUUAUAUUAUUAUUGAUAUAAGAACUACUGAGACUCUUUUAAAUGGGGUAUAAAUAAUUUUGUUGCAUUUAUCUGCAAAGGACUAUAUCUGUUGAUUGAAGCUAUUAUUUCCUGGAAUCUCAAUGUUCCCUCUGUUCUGAGGAUAUUUUUUAUGACAAUAAGGGACGAGACGAGGAAGACGUUCAGCUGAUGGCAAUUGAUACGCCGUGCAGAUUAAAAUGCAGUGCUGCUCAGGAUUCUUUAAAAAACCAUAGAAAUCAACCUUGAGACAUAAGGUGUUAAGUCUCAUUUGCCCAGUAAUUUCACUAGCUACGGCGCCCUUCAGACCGAAACACAAUAAUGCUUACAUAUUACUGCUUUACGGCAAAAGGUGCCGUUGUGGUACCUAUAAUCUAGCUCGCAUCCUUUGCAAAGGAGCCUCCUACUGGUUAAUGCCCUUAGUUGCCUAUUACGACAUCCUUGGGUCUGCGACCACCCUAUUUUUUAUGCCCUGGGGAGACAAAGGCUCAAAUAAUUCAAGCUCUAAGGUUUCUGAAGCUGCUUCUAAUCAGUGGCUCGAUCAAGUGUGUAGUUAUACCGGCACUACCCUGUGCAGGAUUGGCCUUCGAUUGUGGCCAGAAUGAUAGAUCCGUUCUCAGAGAAUAAGCCUUUAAAAUUAUAGGAUGUGUUAGUUUUUCAUAUUUAUUAUACUGUUUGGAAUGAUAUAUUUAUUAUUGAAGUGAUAACCUCUUAUAGCAGGCUAAGCCACUUCGUAACGUAACGCGUUACGGCGCCAGUCUAUCUGUCUCUCUCGCAUACAGCAGCGGUAGGCAGGCUGCUCCUCUCUCACUCCAACAGUUGUUACUUUUAUAUGAUUAAAUAAUGAUACUAAUAAUGUACAUACACUAAAUUCUAAUAUAUAUAUUCAAGAAUUGUAACUAAGAAUAAAAUAUCUUUUAUAAUCAAUAA